AUGACGGAGCACAGACUGAAUGAUCUUUUGACCCCUCUAUUUCUCAAUGAGUAUAUCAGCAAUGAGCUUCGGAGUAUCUUCAUUGACUUUGUCUUUCACGGUCGACCACGAAGAGACAUCGAUGGAGCCAACGGAAUGAACUCGUGUAACCGACUCCUUCAGAUUCCCGUCGAUUCCAGAAAGUUUCAUGGGCUGUGGGGUGAUGCCAUAGCUGCUGCUCAAAACGGAAAUACAUAUCUGAGCACUCGGUGGGAGGUCGGCUGCUUUCGGAGGAGUGAGAAUGGCAAAUUGGAGUCCGCUCCUUUUGCAUCCGACGAUUUGUUUCACGCCCGCUAUCUUCGCCGGUGUCCAGCAGAUUGUGCUUCAUUGCCAAACUGCGAAGGUUUACUCAUUCAACGUGAAUCUAUGAACACCCAAUUCCUAGGUGGCUGCAAACUUCGCGAGAGUCGGAUAGCUAUCUCUGUCAGUUCAAUGAUGGGCUCGAAGCCAGCUUCGUUCUCAACAGUCACUCUGCGAGACCACAAAUCUGAGGAACACCAUGACAUGCGUAGUCCGCGCGCCAGAGAAGAUGCUCGAAUUCUUAUGCGGGCUAACAACUGUGGUGGUUUCCCAUGUGUUGCCGAAUUCCAAGUCGAGACACAUGUUCUGCUCCAGGACUGGCAGCAAGAAUGGAACAGUACAUUAGGUCAUAUUGAGCGGAUAGUGUAA